AUGAAGCGGCUGUUUGUCAGAGCGGUGGAGGACAAAGCCAUGAGCCCCUGGCUGCUCUUCGCUCUGCUCGGACUGUGUGCAGCAUUUGGGCCCAGUAAACAGGAAGAGGAGGACUAUGAAGACGUGCCCAUCAAUAAGACCUGGGUCCUAUCACCAAAGGUCUACGAGAGCGACGUGACUCUGAUCCUGAACAAACUGCUGCAGGGCUACGACAACAAGCUGAGGCCUGACAUCGGAGUGAGGCCAACAGUGAUUGAAACAGCUGUGUACGUGAACAGCAUCGGACCAGUGGACCCCAUCAACAUGGAAUAUACCAUCGACAUCUUCUUCGCCCAGACGUGGUACGACAGCCGACUGAAAUUCAACAGCUCCAUGAAGCUGCUCAUGCUCAACAGUAACAUGGUAGGAAAAAUCUGGAUUCCCGACACAUUCUUCAGGAACUCACGUAAAUCUGACGCCCACUGGAUCACCACUCCCAACCGCCUCCUGAGGCUGUGGAGCAACGGGAGAGUCAUGUACACACUGAGGUUGACUAUUAAUGCGGAGUGUUACCUUAAGCUGCAUAACUUUCCAAUGGAUGAGCACUCAUGCCCACUGGAGUUUUCAAGCUACGGUUAUCCCAAGAAUGAGAUAAUGUACCGGUGGCAGAGACGGGCAGUAGAGGUGGCAGACCAGCGGUACUGGAGACUCUACCAGUUCGCCUUUGUAGGAUUGAGGAACACCUCUGAUGUGGCUCACACCCAGUCAGGUGAAUAUGUGAUCAUGACGAUCUUCUUUGACCUGAGUCGAAGAAUGGGCUACUUCACCAUUCAGACCUACAUCCCCUGCAGCAUGAUCGUGGUCUUGUCCUGGGUCUCCUUCUGGAUCAAUAAGGACGCCGUCCCAGCACGCACCUCUCUAGGUAUCACCACUGUACUCACCAUGACGACUCUUAGCACCAUCUCCAGGAAGUCCCUGCCCAAGGUUUCCUAUGUCACUGCCAUGGACCUGUUCGUCUCUGUUUGCUUCAUCUUCACCUUCGCCGCCCUCAUGGAGUACGGCACUCUGCACUACUUCACCAGCAACAGACAGAACAAGAAAGCUAAAGCCAACAAUAACACACAGCAGAAAGCGUCCAGCAUGGUGAACAUUCGACCUGGAACGUCCCUUCUGCAGAUGAACAACAUCGUGCCGUAUCACGAGGAGGACGACUACGCCUACGAGUGUCUGGAUGGAAAAGACUGCGCCAGCUUCUUCUGCUGCUUCGACGACUGCCGCUCGGGGGCGUGGCGCGAGAACAGGAUGCACGUGCGCGUUUCGAAGAUCGAUUCAUACUCACGAAUAUUCUUCCCCACCGCUUUUGGCCUUUUCAAUCUGGUUUAUUGGAUAGGUUAUCUGUAUCUAUAA